UCAUAAGGCGUCUGUUUAAAUAAAAAAUAUAUUUAAAUAAAUAAAUAAGAAAAAUAUGUCGAAGAAAAGUGUCUCAACGCCCACAAUCACGGAGAGCAGGGCACGAAGAACGCCCAAGCCAAAUCCAAAAUAUGCGGUUGACUACGUUGCAAAAAUUAGGAUCUCGCCAGACAGAAAGGACGACGAUGAUGACUCCGAUAGUGAGCAAAUGAGCAAAUCAGUAGUGCGAAACAUCAAAACUCCAGAUCCCAAAAAACCCCCAGUUAAAUCACAAACCCCGAUAAUGUCCCGUUUAUCGACACUUAGAAAUGUACCCAAGCGGACAUCACCUCCAGUUGUAACAACCAAAGCAAGUGUUCCCAGCGAUAAAAACACACCUUCACCAAAAAGCUCUACAGUCGAAGACAAAGAGUCUGCAACUUCGUCUGGUGAAACUAAAGCUGUCACAACCCGAAGUGGUAAAUCCGAAAAUGUUCAAAAGUCAUCAUCUCCUGUUACAAAGACCAUCAAGAAGGGUGACAAGGACGAAAUAACAAUUGUUAAUAUUAAUGAUAUAAUGAAGCAAACGGACAACAAACGUGCAGCAUCCAGCGAUGCUAGUAAACCACCUGUGGCGAAAAAACAAAAGGUCGAAUCAAAGGAUGACGAAAUUUUUGAUAUUGAGGACGAAAUAUCUGUUAGCAGCGCUGUUGUCCGUCCAACAACAAGACAAAGAGCUAAUGCUGUAGCGGAAAAAGCAGAUUCAAAGUCAAAAACUGCGAUAAAGAGUGCAGUAACAGUUGCAGCUAACGUACAAAAACAACCUUCUCCAGUAGUAACGCAAAAGAAAAAAAUGAUGGUCAUUUCUCCACAAAAAAUUCCUACUAAAACGAGUCCAACUAUCGUGACUAGAACGAAAUCAAUUCCGGGAAAAACACAAGAAAAUAAAGAACAAUUGGGGCAGGUUUUGGCUAAACGCAUUCUCAGAAAAGUCGUAAAACCAGGAUCCAAUGAGGAGCAAUUUGAGAAAAAACAAGAAACAGAAAGUCCGGUUAAAAAGCCAAUUAACCCAACGAAAAUCAAAAAGUUCACAACAUUUGAAAAGUGGUCUAUUUUAAAUUUUCCACAAAUUCAGCCGCAACCGGCGCGUUCUGUUUUGUGUUUGUCAUUGAUAAAAAUUGGAAACAAGAUAAAAAGCAUUAAAUUACCAUCGUCUGAGUGGAGCUACCGUAUUACAUUACAAAAAGUAAAUAAGGAAAAUUCCGACAAAGGAGAAGUUUAUACCGGAGACAUCGAAGAUUGUGGAAUUCAGGAAGGUGAAAAGGGAAAUUAUGCUCCAAUAAAUAUAACUUUUGAACGUUCGGAUGGAACUGAUAGCAAACCUGUGAGUCGUUCAGUAGUUUUCCAAAACAAAUCAUUCUCCAUACUCAUAGAUGGAAAUCAAUGCAAACUCAUAGGCGCACCACAAUACAUUUAUGAUUUGAUUGAAAUUCAGACUUUGCUGCACAUUGUGGAUAAAGUGGAUGCAUCUCAUUCGUACGUCGAUCAAGGAAUGUAGCUACAAAGAGAUCAAGUUGUGCACUUUAAUUAAAUUGAAAAUAAACAAACUAAAUAUA